UCCUAAGAACGUCUCGAGCAGCUCGCGAAGAUCGCGAGGUUGUUCUCGGACGGCGUCGGGAAGAAAAGUUCAGUCACGCGCGAACGAUCGAACCGAACGGACGGGAAGAAACCGGUUCUCCCGUCUCGGUACAAGAAGAUAGGAGAAGCAAAAAAAACGUUAGAAAAAAGUGAAAUCAGAACCAACCAAGAACGGACGGCCUCGAAAGGAAGUGAGAGCGAUAAGGAGUGGUAUUUAUUUUCUGUGGCACAAACGAUAACGCCCCUCCCGGAAGCAGUGGAAGUGUGCAGUGAUUAAAACGAGCAUUGUCUCGUCAACGUGCGUUAGGGUGAUAUCCAUUCGGCUCGGUACAGCAGGAUGGGGCAUAUCACGGCCCUAACAUCGAUCGCUCUGGUGGCCCUGGCCCUGGUAGGAUCAGUGCGGGCUGAGCUGACUCCACCGUACUUCAACUUGGCCGAGGGGCGCAAAAUCACUGCCACCGCCACGUGCGGUGUGGACACCGAUGUUCCCGAGCUGUACUGUAAGCUGGUCGGUGCAAACACGGAGAACGACAACCAGAACCAAUACUCCAAGGUCAUCCAAGGACAGGUUUGCGAUGUGUGUGAUCCAUCCGAUCCGGACAAGAAUCACCCGCCGGAGUACGCCAUCGACGGUACGCAGAACUGGUGGCAGAGUCCCCCGCUGUCCCGUGGUAUGAAGUACAACGAAGUCAACCUCACGAUCGACUUCGGUCAGGAAUUCCAUGUGGCUUAUCUGUUCAUCCGUAUGGGCAACUCGCCACGACCGGGUCUUUGGUCGCUCGAGAAAUCGAGUGAUUACGGCAAAACAUGGACUCCCUGGCAACACUUCUCCGACUCGCCGGCCGACUGCGUCACAUUCUUUGGUCCGGACAGUCUGAAACCGUUGCAGAACGAUAACGAUGUAAUCUGUACGAUGGAACACUCGAAGAUUGUGCCCCUCGAGGGUGGUGAGAUUCCCAUUCGUCUGCUGAACAAUCGUCCAUCGGCGAACAACUACUUCAACUCGUCGACGCUGCAAGAAUGGAGUCGUGCCACGAAUGUACGCAUACGCCUUCUGCGAACGAAGAAUCUGCUUGGACAUUUGAUGUCCGUUGCCCGGCAAGAUCCAACGGUUACCAGACGUUAUUUCUACUCGAUCAAGGAUAUUUCCAUCGGUGGACGGUGUGUGUGCAAUGGUCACGCAAACACCUGUAACGUGCUAGACCCACGAUCACCGACGCGCAUCCUGGCCUGCCAGUGUCAGCACAAUACCUGCGGCAUCCAGUGCGCCGAAUGCUGUCCCGGAUUUGAGCAGAAGAAAUGGCGUCAGAAUACCAAUGCUCGUCCAUUCCAGUGCGAGCCUUGCAACUGCCACGGACAUUCUGGCGAGUGCGAGUACUCCGAGGAGAUCGAUGCUAAAGGACUGUCGCUCGAUAUCCAUGGAAACUACGAAGGAGGCGGUGUUUGCAAGAAUUGUCACCACAAUACUAAAGGUAUCAACUGCAACCAGUGCGAGGACAAGUUCUACCGGCCACGUGGAAAGUACUGGAACGAGACCGACGUCUGCAAGCCUUGCGAUUGCGAUCACUUCUACUCGACCGGAAACUGCGAGGAGGAAACGGGUCGUUGUGAGUGUCGGGUCGAGUUUCAGCCACCGCACUGUGACUCCUGCUCCUAUGGACACUUUGGUUACCCGAACUGUCGCCCGUGUGAGUGCAAUCUGAAUGCCACCGUGGGAUACUUCUGCGAGGCGGUCAAUGGUGCCUGCCCGUGCAAGCACAACUUCGAUGGACCGCACUGCAAGCAGUGUGCGAAGGAGUACUAUGGAUUCCCCGAUUGCGAUCCUUGCAGUUGUAAUAUGCAUGGUUCGACCGAUCGUGUGUGCGAUCAGGACAAUGGACAGUGUAAGUGUAAGCCCAACUUUGCCGGACGUCUCUGUGACACCUGCAAGGAUGGAUUCUUCCGGUAUCCCGAGUGUACAUAUUGUAAUUGCGAUGUACGUGGAACGUUGGAUGAAGUUUGCGACAAGAACACUGGCACUUGUUUGUGCCGCGAAGGUUACGGUGGACCACGUUGUGACCAGUGCAUCCCCGGGUACUACAACUAUCCGGACUGUGUGCCCUGCAACUGUUCGGCGGCUGGAAGUACUUCGACGGUGUGCGACAUUACGGGCCGGUGUUCGUGUCUGGAGAACUUUGGCGGUCGGCAGUGUACGGCCUGUCUGGCCGGGUACUACCAGUAUCCGGAAUGUUUGCCGUGUAACUGCGACUCGUACGGGUCGCUCGCAAAGUCCUGCACAAGCGACGGCCAGUGUCAGUGUAAGGAUAACUUCGACGGCAAGAACUGCCAGCAGUGCAGAGAGGGUUUCUACAACUUCCCGGCGUGCGAGGAGUGUAACUGCGAUCCGGCCGGUGUGAUCGCCCGGUUCGCCGGGUGUGGAUCGGUCCCGGCGGGUGAACUGUGUCAGUGUAAGGAGCGAGUGCAUGGGCGCAUUUGUGACAAGUGUCGCCCGCUGUACUGGAAUCUUACAGCGACCAAUCCGCACGGUUGUCAGGAGUGCGAGUGCUUCAUCGAUGGUACGAUCGGUUCUUUGGAUACGUGCGACUCGAAGACGGGCCAGUGUGCUUGCAAACCUUCGGUGAAGGGACGCCAGUGUACGGAAUGUAAGGAUGGUACGUUCGAUCUGUUCGGUUCGAGCUUGUUUGGGUGCAAGGACUGCGGUUGCGACAUUGGUGGAGCGGCAGGCAACGUGUGCAAUAAGGAGACGGGCCAGUGCCGGUGCCAUCCUCGGGUGUCCGGCCGUACCUGUUCGUAUCCGCUGACGACGCACUACUACCCGACACUGUACCAGUUCCAGUAUGAGUACGAGGAUGGCUAUACGUCGUCCGGGACGCAGGUGCGCUAUCAGUUCCACGAGGAUAUUUUCCCUGGCUUCAGUAGCCGUGGAUAUGCCGUUAUGUCUUCGCUGCAGAACGAAGUGAUCAACGAGGUGAGCGUGUUGAAAUCGUCCGUCUACCGGCUCGUGAUCCGGUACCGAAACCCCAACUCGGACAAUGUCGUUGCGGCGAUCCUCAUCACUCCGGACAACCCGACGGAGGUGGAGCAGAAGACGAAGGUACUGUUCAAGCCUACGGAACAUCCGGACUUUGUAACGGUUUCCGAUGCUCGGGGUGAGGUGCCAUCCGCUGUCGUGCUCGAUCCGGGUACCUACACGAUUAGCAUCAAAACGGAUAAGACUGUGUUCCUCGACUUUUUCGUUCUACUCCCUGCUGCGUACUACGAGGCAUCGAUACUGACGAAGAAGAUUGAGAAUCCGUGUGAAAUCUCCGACCUCGGCCUCUGCCGGCAUUAUCAGUAUCCAAGCGUUGGCCCGUACAGCCCACAAACGGAAGCGUUCAUCAUUGAAGACGAGCAGAGCUUCAAGCCGGUCGAGUUCUUCAAGGACUACGAGCACAUGGAUGUCGUCCGGGAGAAAGACCUACCGAUACUAACGAACAAUCAGCGUGAACUGUACUACCCAAUGGAGGUGCCACACCCAGGACGGUACGUGAUCGUCGUAGACUACAUCACCAACCGGAACAGUCCCGAGGUGGGCAUCCUGCAGGUGAACCUGGUGGGAGACAUCGAUCAGGACGGUUCGGUGACCGCGUACCCUUGCACGUACACCACCGUCUGCCGACAGCCCGUCAUCGAUAAGGAGUCGCGCGAGAAGAUCUUCUUCCUCGAUCCGAACAACCGCAAGCCGGUCCUCGUGACAAGCACCGAUCUGUCCGGAGCGAUCGCGUUCAAGUCGAUCACGGCUAUCCCGUACGACGAGUGGUCGACCGACUAUAUCCGCCCGAACUCGGUUUGCGUGAUGCAGAAUGGACGGUGCGUGCAGACGAGCUACCGGACAGCAUCGGACUCGAAGAAGGUCGAGUUUGAAACGGAGAAUGAUUGGCGAGUGGCGGAGGAGGUUCCGCGUGCUGUGUUCGAUAACAGCACCAAGCUGAUCCUGCUCGACCAGAACCAGACGGAUGUUAGUAUCAAGGCGAAGGUGCAGCACCCGAACCGGUACGUGAUGAUCGUGAAGUUCUUCCAACCGGACCAUCCGACGUUUAAUGUGCAGUAUCGAAUUGAAACGGCGCGGCAGAACUAUGACGGUCGACUGGAGGUACGUCACUGCCCGGCCAACAGCGGGUGCCGGGAGGUACUGAAGCAGGACAACGGUGCGAUCGAGUUCGACCUGGAGGAUAACAUUGAGAUUACGGUGGUUAAUGGAGGCAGCCAGCGCGUGUGGGUCGACUAUGUGCUAUUGGUACCGGCCGAGCAAUUCAACGGUGGCCUGCUGCAGGAGGAAACGUUCGAUCAGACGAAAGAGUUCAUCCAACAGUGCGGUCAGGAUCAUUUCCAUAUCCAGACGAAUGCGAGCGAGUUCUGCAAGAAGGCGGUAUUUUCGCUGACGGCCGACUACAACAGUGGUGCCCUGAAGUGUAACUGCGACUAUUCCGGAUCGACCAGCUUCGAGUGUGAACCGUUCGGAGGGCAGUGCCAGUGUAAACCGAACAUUAUUGGACGCAGGUGCGAGGCAUGUAAGACUGGGUACUAUGGAUUCCCGGACUGUAAACCCUGCAACUGCCCGUCGACGGCCCAAUGCCACAAGGAUACCGGUGAGUGCGUCUGCCCGGAUCGGGUGACCGGCGAGAAGUGUGACCAGUGUAUGCCGUACACGUUCGGUUUCGAUCAGAUCAUUGGAUGCGAGGAGUGUAGCUGCAAUCCGCUCGGUGUGGCCAACAAUAACCUGCAGUGUGACAUGGAAAGUGGCCUCUGCGAGUGCAAGUCGAAUGUGGUUGGGCGUAAGUGCGACCGGUGUCAGUAUGGGUUCUACAACUUCCCGUACUGUGACCCGUGCCACUGCGACAUCCGUGGUACGACGUUCGAGAUUUGCGAUCAGGCGGACGAGAGCUGUUUCUGCAAGACGAACGUACAGGGCCGCGAGUGUAACACUUGCGUCGAUGGAACGUACAACCUGCAGGCUAACAAUCCGGACGGAUGUACCAAGUGCUUCUGCUUCGGGCAUUCCAGUCGCUGCCAGACGGCAUUCCUGCGCCCGUUCAACGUGAGCAUGAUGAAGGAAAUGAAAUUGCACACGGUCCGUCUAUCCGGUGGUAAGGCGACCAUCACACCCUGGACGCUACCAGAGGCGGAAAUCAUGCUUAAUGAAACGGUGGCAAAGGUUGCGCUCGACACCGUCGAUCAGAAGGAUCCAUUGGACGGGAUGGUGUACUUCGGCAUGCUGGAUCACCUGUUCGAUCUGGCCAAUCACCUCUCGGCGUACGGAGGAUACCUUACGUACAAGGUGCACUUCACGAACGGACUGUUCGGUAGCGCUCUGAUUGGACCGGACGUGAUCCUCGAGGGCAAUGGAUUGGAGAUCGUACACCAGAGCUACCGGCAACCGUCAUCGAACCAACUGUUCAGCGGCAGCGUGGAGAUGGUCGAGAGUAACUUCCAAACGGCGGCUGGAGGUUCGGUUAGUCGCGAACAGUUUAUGAUGUUGCUGCGCGACCUAAAGAACAUUUACAUCCGCGCGUCGUACUGGGAGCAAGGGCUGCAGACGGUGCUUUCGGAUGUGAGCCUUACGAUGGCGCACGAUGACUUCGAAAACCCGCAUCUGUAUCGCGAACUGUCGAUGGAGAACUGCGACUGUCCGCCGGGCUACGCGGGACGAUCGUGUGAGGAUUGUGCCCCUGGAUACUACCGCGACCCGAACGGACCGUACCUGGGCUAUUGCAUUCCCUGUGAGUGCAAUGGGCACGCGGAUACAUGCGACUGCAUUACGGGCGUGUGUCAGAACUGUAAGCAUUACACGACCGGUGAUCAUUGCGAUCAGUGCAUCGAAGGGUUCUACGGAAAUGCGACGCGGGGCACACCGAACGAUUGUAUGAUUUGCGCUUGCCCGCUGCCGGUUGAGUCGAACAACUUUGCAACGUCGUGCGAGGUGUCGGAGGACGGUUACGAGAUCCAUUGCGCUUGCAAACCGGGAUACCACGGGGAGAAGUGUCAAAGCUGCGCCCCUGGCUACUAUGGGCAGCCGCAGAUUGAGGGCGAGUUCUGUAAGCCUUGUGACUGUUCGGGCAACAUUAACAAAGACGAACCGGGUGCUUGCGAUUCGGUGUCGGGCGAGUGUGUGCUCUGCCUGAAUAACACUUCCGGACGUGCGUGUAACCUGUGUGCACCAGGAUUCUACGGCGAUGCCGUGCAUCAAAAGGACUGCCAGAGCUGUAUCUGCGAUAAGCUAGGCAUGGCAUACUGCGACAACUUUGUCGGCACGUGCAACUGCCUACCGAACGUGAUCGGUGAAAAGUGCGAUCGGUGCGAGGACGAUCACUAUGGGUUUGAGUCGGGUCGUGGCUGUACACCGUGCGAUUGUGGUAUCGCCUCGAACAGCUCCCAGUGUGAUGACCAUACGGGCAAGUGUGCCUGCAAGCCGGGUGUUACCGGGCGUCAGUGUGAUCGUUGCGAACCGGGCUACUGGAACUACUCCGAGCAGGGUUGUGUGCCAUGCUCGUGCAAUACCGACUACUCGCGUGGUCUUGGCUGUAAUGCGUUGACCGGACAGUGCGAGUGCCUGUCGGGGGUUGUUGGCGAGAAGUGUGACUCGUGCCCGUACCGUUGGGUGUUGAUACCGGAGACCGGCUGUCAGGAGUGUGACUUGUGCCAUCACGCACUGCUGGAUGUGACGGAUGGACUGAAGGCGGACAUUGACCCGGUACUACUCGACAUCAAAACGGUUGCGGAUGAUUACUACACGUCGCAGAAAUUGAACUACUUCGACGAAAUGGUUGACCGAUUGGAACCGAAGGUGCGCAGCUUGGAUCCGCACGGAGUGAACCUAAACCCAUCGCGACAGAAGGUGGAAUCGUUGGAACAGGAGGUUAAGAGUCUAGACCGACGCAUCCAGUAUGCGGACGAGAACGCAAAGGACAUGACGACCAACAGCGAGAAGUUGCUGGGUGCGUCCGCCAACGUGCUCGACAAUUGCCGGCUGGUGCACAUCAACACGAAGAACACGAUCGAUGAGGUGCUAGUGUUGGGAGCGAACCUUGGCUCAUCCGAGAUCACCAAGCUCGAUCAAGCCUUUGAAGAGGCUAAGAACUACUUGGAGAACAUCAAACAGUACUCGAUCACACCGGAAACGCUCAAUUCACAGCUGGAGAACGCCACCGGAUUGCUCUUCGGCGUGGAGGCUUUCGGUGAACCGGUGCAGGCGCAACACGACAAGCUGGCCAAGCUGAUGCACGACAUUGGCGAGUUUGACGUGAAGCUGGAGGACUUGUACACCUGGAGCUUGCGGGUGGAGAAGGAGAGCGACAUCACGUCGAAGCUGAACGCGAAAAACAAGGCUGCAGUCAACACCAAGUUCGACACGGUGACGGCCCACGCGAAGGAAGCGACAGAAAACAUCAACAGCAGCAAGGCCCUGCUGACGAACUCAUCCAACAUCAUGAAGGACAUCGACAUUACGCACACGGAGCUCGACAAUGUGAACAAGCAGCUGACGGAACUGAACAACGGUGUCGACCGGGAGCUACCGCAGAUGGACGAGGAAUACAAGCAGCUAGACCCACUGAUCGAGAAGGCAUCGGAGCAUGCGUCCAACUUGAAGAUCGAAUCGGAGAGUCUUUCGGAGAAGUAUUCGGACGUUUCGGCGAAUUCGGAGACAGCACUACAGGCGGCAACGGCUCACUCGAAGAUCGUGGACGCGGUUAACGAGGCGCAGGAUAACAUUCGGAAUGCUACAAACACGGCACAGAAGGCCACCGACCAGACGCUGGGCAUCGACAAUCGGGCCGCCGAAUCCGACCAUGCAUCGCGGGAGCUGCUGAAUGAGGCUCGGCGAAUGUUUACCGCGCUGCAAACGGAACUGGAACCACAUAGCAAACGUUCGAUUGAUACGGUUGAUAGCAUAAAGGAGAAGAACACACACAGCGACGGUAUGUUGCACUCGAUCAAUGCUGCCUUGGAUGGAAUUCCGCAGGAAUCGCACACCGACCAGUGGGAGAAUGCGCGUGAUCAAGCGAUCGAGGCGAAGGGCAAGUCAGAAAACGCACUCAAAACUCUCGACCCAAUGAUCGCCGAUCUGUCGAAGAGCGUGUUCCUGGCGGAGCAACUACCGAAGGACAUUGACAACGCCCAGAAGGACAUCAACCAGGCAACGGCGCAGGUCGAGCGGUUCAAGACGAUGAUUCCAAACAUCCGGGAGCUGGUCCAGCGGUUGGACGAAAAGCAGGGCAAGGUGGAUGUGGUCGUGAGUGACAUCGGCGAUCGGUUGGAGUCGCUGAAGCGCCAGAUCGGGGAGGCCCGUUCGUUCGCCAACACGAUCAAGGUGGGCAUGCACUUCCAUCCGAACACGACCGUCGAGCUGAAGGCCCCGGAGAGUUUGUCGCAGAUGGCGACCAACUCGAACGUGUCGAUGUUCUUCCGCACCGAUAAACCGGAAGGUUUCCUGCUGUUCCUGGGCAACGAUAAGGAGCCGAACGCGAAGAAGAGCUCCCGCGAUGACUACAUGGCGCUGGAGAUCGAGAACGGCUAUCCGGUGCUAUCGAUUGACCUCGGUAACGAUCCGGAGAAGGUGAUCAGCCCGAAGUACGUCGCUGACGACCGCUGGUACCAGGCGAUUGUAGAGCGUACCGGCAACAACGUGAAGCUUACGAUCCGCGAACAGCUCGACAACGGAACGGAAUUGUUCCACUCCAAGGAACAGGUGUUGCCGGGUUCGUACAAUGUGUUCAAUGUGGAUCAGAAUAGCCGGCUCUUUAUCGGUGGUUACCCGCCGGAGUACAACAUGCCGCAGGAUGUGAAGUCGAGUGAAUUCGAUGGGCGCGUCGAGCAGCUGCAGAUCGGUGGCGAACAUAUAGGUCUGUGGAACUUUGUCGAUGCCCAGAACGUGUUCGGUUCGCAGGAGCGUGAUACGUUGCGCAGUGAGGAGAGCCCCUCGACUGGAUUCCGAUUCGGCGGACGUGGUUACGUGGCGAUCGACUCGAAGUCGUACACCUUCAAGCAGCAAUCGCAGUUACAGUUCCAAUUCAAGGCCCCACCGGAGACGCGCGACGGUCUGCUGUUCUACGCGGGCAAGAACCGUCACUUCAUCUCGGUGGAGAUCCGGAACGGUGCCGUGGUGUUCCAGUUCAAGCUCGGCCAGCAGGCGCAGGUCGUAACGAUCGGCUCGAAGAGUGCAUUCAACGACGACAAGUGGCAUAAGGUUUCGGUCGAGCGGGAAGGCAACGUGGGCAAGCUGACGGUGGACGACAAAGAGGUGUUCCAGCAGAUGGGAUCGCCGGAACACUCGCAGUUGCACAUUUCGGAUGCGAUCUACUUCGGUGGUUACCACAGCAAGGUGAACCACUCGGAGGUAACAUCGAAGGGCUUCGAUGGGUGCAUCGACGACGUGUACAUCCUGGGCACCAAGGUUGACCUGAGUCUCAACACGAAGGCACUGGAUGUGCGUCCGGGAUGUCCGAUGAAGUUCUCAUCGCUGGUCUCUUUCCCACCGCAUCAAUUCGGUUACGCCAGCCAACCGGGUGUGCAGUCGGCGAACGGACUGCAGGUUAACCUGAAGUUCCGCACAACGCAAAGCGACGGAGUGUUGUUCUACACGAGCAACUACGAUCAAACCGGCACGUUCGGAUUGGUCCUGCGGGAUGGUGUGCUCGUGCUGUCCAGUACUGGCACCGAAGUGACCACCGAACGUCGCACUUUCGACGAUGGUGAGUGGCAUGCCGUCACUGCCGGACACGAACGCGAUCGCCUGGCGCUGCUCGUAGACGAAGAGCCUUUCUACAGCCCACAAUCCUACCCACCUCGCCCGCUGCUCAUCGACAAUGGGGACAUUUACUUUGGUGGACUGCCGAAGAACUACGUCACACCGAAGCUUGCGUUGGCCACGAAUGCCUACUUUAUGGGCUGCCUGAGCGAUAUCACUGUCAACGGGCAGAUCGUUAACUUUGCCUCCUUGAGCGACAAGAAGUCGGCCGUGCUGGAUCAAUGCUCGAAGGAGCUGUUUGCCGCUGGCAGGAACACCCCACUGUACUACCCAGACGACGGUAAGGAACCGAAGGUGUUCGUCCAUAGCCGCUUCGACGACAGUGAGUCGGAACCGGGAAGGAAGCCAGCGGCUCCUUCGGUGUCGACCAGUACCACAACGCCGGUACCGGCUGUGAGUGCGCCUUCGACGCCUCAAAAGACACCGUCAACGCAGAGUUCCACUCCCAGCACCACUACGAGCACCACAACGACACCACCGACCACGACAACGACAUGGCGUCCGCGUCCAACGAAACCGGACGAACCACCGCCGGUCUGCAGACUGCCGGUCACCCCCGAGCAGGACGUCGACUUCGACUCGGGCUACCGGUUCGGAACGGGCCAGUUCAGCCACAUCGAGUUCAACGACGUUGGGGCGAAACAGAAGCGGUACGACUACUCGCUCAGCUUCAAAACGUCGUCCUCCGAGGGUGUGCUGUUCUAUGUGGCCGACGCACGUCACACCGACUUUAUCGCGCUCGAUCUGCGUGACGGCCGGGUGCACCACGCGUUCAAGUGUGGCACCGCGUCGUACGAAAUGCUCUCGAAGGAGCGCUACGAUGACAACCGGUGGCACACGGUGAAGUUCUCACGCAACCUGAAUAAGGGCUCGCUGGUGGUGGACAGCGAGGACGAGUCGAGUGGCGACCUGAAUGGCACACCGCGACAGAUGGCGCUUCAGCCACCAAUGUUUGUCGGUGGCGUUAGUGGUGACAUCCAUGAGGAUGUGGCAGUGAAUCUUAAGAUGGAUAAGAACGUACUGGAGAAGAAUCAGUUCGUCGGCUGCAUCAACGAAAUCGAAGCGAACGGACGCCCCGUAUCGGUGCCGUCGAACAUCACGCGCACAAUCCCCUGCUCGUCGCAAAUCGAAUCGGGCACGUUCUUCGGCAACGGUGGCGGUUUCGUGAAGCUGUACGAUAAGUUCAAGGUCGGCAGUGAACUAACCGUCAGCAUGGACAUCCGACCACGCGCCCAGAGUGGUCUGCUGAUGUCGGUGCACGGUCGCAAGGCGUACUUCGUGCUGGAGAUGGUCAACGGAACGAUCAUGCUGACGGUGAACAACGGCGAUGAUCCGUUCACGGCAACCUACACACCGCCGCCGGAAGAGAAUCUCUGCGAUGGCCAGUGGCGUUCGGUUUCGGCCAUCAAGUCACAGUACGUCAUCACCAUCAAGGUGAACGACAUCAGCUCGCAUCCGGCCAUUGGCAACGUUUCCUCCCCGUCGACGGAUACGACGCGUCCGCUGUUCCUUGGAGGGCAUCCUCACCUACAGAGGAUCCGUGGAUUCGUGGCGCGUGCACCGUUCCAGGGUUGCAUCCGGAACGUGAAGGUUCGCGAUAGCGUCGAGGAGAUUACACCAAAAAUGACUGUCGGCAACGUGCAGACGGGCGUCUGUCCGACAAUCUAG